AUGGAAGAUUCAACCAACCAGUUCAUCUUUGGCAAUGUAGCACGCGGCCUAGACGGAUCUCACCGUGCAACCUUGCAAGCCUACUGGCAGGAUAUGAUUCGCGAUAUAGAAACGCGCGAUCAUGACUUCAAAACACACGCACUACCACUUGCUCGUAUCAAAAAGGUCAUGAAGUCGGAUGAAGAAGUCAAGAUGAUUGCCGCUGAAGCACCCAUCUUAUUUGCAAAAGGCUGUGAAAUCUUCAUCACUGAACUCACAAUGCGCGCCUGGAUACACGCAGAAGAGAAUAAGCGACGGACGUUGCAACGCAGUGAUAUUGCAAAUGCCAUUUCACGCAGUGACAUGUUUGACUUUCUCAUUGAUAUUGUACCGCGC